GUUUCCUUCUUGUAAACACAGUUAAGCAGUAAUAAGGUUUAUUAAAGUAAAAAGGGUAAGUACUCCUGAAGCAAUAUAAUAAAAGUUACAGAAAGUGUAUGCAGCAUUUUGUUAUGCUGUACUGUACUUUGGUAUGACACAUGGGUGUUCAGUAGUUGUAUACACGUAUAUUUCGCUGGGUCGCCAUCUGGAUAAGACCCGGGCCGGAAGUACCAGCAAAUCAUUAAUGAAUAUUUUAGUUACCUCAUUCAGAAAUAAGAAUUACUAGAGUACUUUUCACCCAUGAGGGAGGAUGUAAUUACAUUACACGAAAUGUUUGUUUAUUUAUUUUCAGUGAAAUCCGGCAAAGAUUUAACAUUAGAUGCUCUGAUAUCAUCAUUCCCUGUGGAAACUCGCAAACAUUGCAACUCACAGUCAAUAAGUGAAACGAGUGAAAGAUCUCAGAAACUUUCUGAGACAUCAAGUGGAUCAGAUGAACAGAAUAGUACCAAUGGAGAUGAACAAAAUGAAUACACGGAGGGCUUGGCAACCUUACUUGAGAUGUUCCCAGGAACUUGCAACCUGGAAGUACAACACUGUUUAGCUAGCUGUGGAGGUGACUUGGAACACGCCACAACCCUUAUUCUUCAGCGCCAGGAGCAAGGCAUCAGCAUCAAGGCUAACACAAAUAGCAAGCUUGUUCCUGGAGCAAAGGGCAACAAGAGUCAGAUUGAUGAUAAAGAAGUAAGAACAUCUAUUCUCAACAGAUAUGGAUUUGUUGAUCAUGAUGAUGAUGCCAGAGAACAUAGGCCUGUGGCCCCUAAAUGGGUAACUUGUGAAGGAAAAAAGAUGGUCCGAUACCGUGAUAACAAGGUUGUCAGUAUAAAGGGAGAGCGUUAUACAGAAAUAAAGAAGGACGACUCCACUGAUAUGAAGAAGACAUAUGUGCACCUAAAACCUGGGAAACAGUAUCGAUUCCACUGAUCCACAGGAUACAAACCUUACUACGUCGCCGCUGUCCAGUAUCACCUGUGUGAAAAUAUGACAACAGGAAUGGGUCAGGGCGGUAAGGUUUGUUUUUGUCAUCGUUGUUCAAGUCAUUUAUGUUGCAGAGCAAGUCCACAAUGUCAAAGGAGAAGAGGUGGACAUGUAGAAGGCUUAAUUGAUAUCUUAAUGUUAUUUGUGGGUUCCAAGGAACUUUUAGCAUGUAAUCUCUUUAGAAUUCUCAUAACUUUUCAGUGUUGUUUGUUAGUGUUACCUAGUUACUGUAUCGAUGUCAGUACUUGUAUCAUGUUGUUGAAAAUGCUUUGUAGAUACCAAAGAAAUCGAAGAUUUUAUAAUGAAACUUGUGUCAAAGCAAGCAGUGAAGUAAGAGCCAGAAAAUAUUAUAAAAUACACUCUGUGUUAUUAUCUAACAUGGUGGAUCUAGCACUAAAAACUUUGUUUAAAAAAAUUGAAAAGUUUUAUCAAGUAACAAAUAAAUUACAAGAAAAUUAUAUCAUAAUUGAUAUUAUGUGGUAUGUGAGGAUGAUUUGUAAAAGAUCACUAUUUAAUAAUAUACUUGUAUUUUCAUAUGUAGGGCAGCUUUUUCUUAUAAGAUACAAAGAGGCAGAUCAUAGGUAGUGCAGUGAAGCACGGCUGUAAACUUGCAUAUCUUGGUCACAUCUUGUCACUUCCAUUCAGGUGAUGGAAAACAUAUGAAUACUUAUACUUCACAAAUUAAAAAUAUUGGGAAUAAAUUUCAUAAAUUGCAAUUUAAAAAAAGUAAAUGGAUGUGAAUAGGUAUGCAACUUAUGAACUAAUCAAGUUAGUUUGCACAAUAUGAAUUUUAUUUACAAGUCAAUUACUGUAUAUGUAUACUGUAAUUUAAAGGUUUCUAGAUGGUCUUUUGAUGACUAUGAUAUGGUAUAUCAUGUACAUUAUUUCACUGAGCAGGUAUUAAUUUAUAUUUCUUGAAACAUUUCAACAGUAACUUCUUUGCUGUCUCACUUGAUUCCUCAUAUAUGUUAGUUUCUCUAAAUCUAGGCAAUAGUAUAGCUUUCAUUAGCUAUAGUUCCUGCAUUUAUUGUGUUAAGUGCAAAAGUUAGCUUUAUACAUUCAUGGUACUUGUGGAAUACAACAUACCAUAAUGUGAAAGAUCAGCAUGAAUAAAGCUUGUGACUUGUAUGCUCCUCCUCUCUGUUUAUCACUCUUCAUUUUUUCUUGAUUGAGCAGCGCUCAAAACCUUACCCAUCCUCAUAGUGUACAUCAUAUAAGCAAUGUGGGUCCCCCACACAGGUUUGCAUGAAUGAACCUUGAAGAGCAAAUACUACUAAGGCCUGCAGACACAUAAAUGAAUGUGGAAUGAUAUGUGGAUGUAAAAGAGGGAAUAUAUAGGUCCGGAAAAAAAUAUAUACUGGAGGCAAUGUGAUUAUUUGAGGCUUAAAAGGAUGGCAUAUGGCAGGACAAUACAAACUGAUCCAGCAGUGGUCUUGUUCAAGUUUGUUUAUAUAGUAUAUUGGCUUAAGGUUGUCAUAAAUUCAUUUCAUGCAUAAGAUAAGAAUAGUAAUUAUUUAGACCAUAAGUAGUUUUUACUUAUUGUAAAAAUUAUUUAAUUCAUUAUAUGUACAAUACAGUAAGUACUUUUUUUUUUUCAACAUAUCGGCCAUCUCCCACCAAGGCAGGGUGACCCAAAAAAGACUUUCACCAUCAUUCACACAUAAUCGCUGUCUUUGCAGAGGCACUCAGAUGCAACAGUUUAGUUGUCACUCCGAACAGCCAAUAUCCCAAACCCCCUCCUUUAAAGUACGUACAGGUAGUGUACUUCCCAUCUCCAUCACUCAAGCCUACCUAACCAGUUUCCCUGAAUCCCUUCA